AUGGCACAUAUCUCCUCGGAACGCAGGCUACCCUUGACAAGGGUGAUGGGUUUGUCGAGGAGGGAUGUAAAGAGAAUGUACUAUGCAAGACAUCCACAUUCUGCUUCAACGGUCUUCUGCGAAUUGCGUGAUCCUUUAAACGAAAGAGUGGAAUAUGGCAUAAACCAUAAUAGAUCGAUGAAUAGCAACCCUGGAGUAAGUCGGAACAAGAGCGAUAAUGAUAAGACCACCAAGGGAAAGAGCUGGCUACUUACUAUGUAUAAUACAGUUAUCUCGCAAGGUGGAUUGCUCCUCCGCAAAGAUGGCCAUCCUGCAUGCAUGAGCGAAAUGACAAGCAUCGCAUAA